AUGCUAAUAACAAGUUUAUUGGUACUUAUUCUCUUCAACGUGUUGGCGACGGCCAAAAUAUUUGCCAAGCCAAGCUCGCUGAUGUUCUCCUGUCUCACUGCCUCUCAGGAGUUUCAGUAUGAUUUUGUGCCCCCUCCAGAUGUAAUCCCAUUCUGGUAUAUUGCAUGCAACUAUGAACCAGCACUGGGAUCCAUCGUUUUCUGUAUGGACUCAAAUGCUGAUAGUAUUUGUCCCUUCUCCAACAGUUUGGAAGUGCUGGCGCUAGGUUGUCAAACUCAAGGGGAUAGAACGCUAACACAAACAUAUUUGAUGGAAUCAGGAAAGAAUGCCACCAAAUACAUGAAGAAUCCUGCAUCCGAUCCUGAUUUCAAUUUCACUCAACUCACCACUCCCAUCAUGUUCAACAUGUCCGAAGUUGUCAACAAAAAGGAUGCAUACUACAACUUUUUCGACAAUUUGGAUGACUCUACAAAAUUCGGCGACUUCACAAUCAUAUACUGGGGUGUCCUUUUGAUCCUAAUUGGCCUUUUUAAUCAUAUUUCCGCCCACAACUAUUUGAAAUCGAUCUCGUUGAAUUCUAGGUUGAACCAAUGGAAAGCUUUAGUGGUCUUACCAACCCUCUCCUCAUAUCAUCUGAACCCUGCCAGGUUUAGAGGCAUUGCAUUUUUUGAAGCCCUCCUUCCACUCAGACAAGAAACAUUUGUUUUAAUAGCGUACAUUUUAUUGUGUGUCUAUUACACUACUAGUAAUUACAAGGUCAUCGCUAACAGCCCGUUAUUUGGUAGCCCUUACCGUCAAUACCUCAGAUUCAUUUCUGAUCGGACUGGGAUUUUUGCAUUCACCCAAUUGCCUUUGUUAAUUCUUUUUGGUGGACGAAACAACAUUCUAAUGACCAUUUCAGGUUUGCCUUUCAACACAUUCAUAAUUUUCCACAAGUGGAUUUCAAGAGUAAUGAUGCUUUGCGCAGUGGUACAUGCUCACCAAUUUGUAAUAUACUUGGAAGCUACAGGCACUUUUAGAAGAUCCCUUGGCGAACUUUACUUUCAAUUUGGUGAGCUAGCCUUGCUAUGUUGUCUUUUAAUUAUGGUUCAAAGUGUUUUCUAUUUCAGAAAAAGAUGCUAUGAAUUGUUUUUAGUCCUGCACAUUUUUUUGGCAUUUAUCUUUCUGGUCGGGUGCUACUUCCAUGUCUCCAAGAUUGGAUACUCCGAGUGGAUUCUUGCAACUCUUGGACUUUGGAUUUUGGAUAGAGUUUGGAGAUUUGUGAAUAUUUACCGUUAUGGCGUCCAAACCGCUCAGCUCACAGUUUUUCACCCCCAUUCAACUGAUUCCAAUAGAGAAGAUCCCACGGUUAAAGUCAGCAUUCCCAAACCUGCAACUUGGAAAAGCUACCCAGGCUGUUUUGUUUAUCUGUACUUCUUAGAUCCUCAUCUCAAAUUCUGGGAAUCUCAUCCAUUUACGAUUUACGACUCAACAGACCAAUUUGGUGAUCCCACUCCAAUGAUCAAUAUAUACAUAAAACCCAAAUGUGGGACAACCAAGGCUAUCUACGACCAAAUUAUGUCAAGAGAUAUAACUGGUGUUAAAGUGCUGGUUGAAGGUCCGUAUGGCCAUAGGGCACAUACAGAAAAUUAUGACCAACUACUACUAUUUGUUGGAGGCAAUGGUAUUCCAGGUCCUUUCAGCCAUGCUGCACGAUCAGUCUCUGCUUUGCCAUACAAAGACGUUGAAAGCUUUAAGAAAGUUGAACUAGUCUGGUCCAUUAAAACACUAUCUGCCCUUAAUUGGUUCUACGAUGAAUUGAUCCAGUUAAAAGAUACUAAUGUCUCGGUCACUGUAUAUGUGACCAGAGGCGACUUGUCCUUAGCAGACGAUGACAAUUCCUCAACAAGCAGUAAUAAUAAUAUAGAGCCAGAGAUCCUAACAGAGACGAGCCAUCUUUUGAAAGAUGAUACUAAUAAUAAAUCCAAGAAACGAGAGGUCUCUUCGAUAAUUACCAUUGCCGAAAAGUUUCAUAACUUGUCCAAGUUCGUUACCUUCAUUAGGGGACGACCCAAUUUUGAGAAGAAACUUGACCAAGUCAUAAACGAAUGCUCCCAAGCUUCCAAGAUCACUACUAUAGGGCUAGUCGCCUGUGGCCCAUCUUUGAUGUGUGAUAACAUUCGAAACUUAGUGGCCCACCGCUUGAGCAGAAAUGACACAGGAAAAUUUAGAAUAGACCUUCUAGAGGAGCUACAAGUUUGGUAG